GGCCAAGCAAACAGCCCCACCCUGACUCAUCGUAAACCUCUACUGCCGUUGCCGUCGUUAUCGAUUAUCGUCCUUCGUGAGUAAAAUGUCUGCAUAGGAAUCUACGUACAAUAAACAGAAACUGAGAGAGGCAAAAAUUAAAUUUCUCAAAUGGAAGACAACAGAGGGUCUCCAUGGCGGUUCAAGGGAAACGAGAUGCUUACGCAGGCCUCAGCCUUUACUAUCAGAGGAGUGCUUAACAAACUCACGGAGAACCUCGACCCGAACGAAACCCGACCCGUAAUCCAAUUGGGCCAAGGCGACCCUUCCGCCUGCCCUUCCUUCCACACCGCCCCUUUAGCUGAAGACGCCAUCUGCGCCGCCGUGCGCUCCGCCAAGUUCAACGGCUACUCCCCCACCGCCGGUAUUCUGCCGGCUCGCAGGGCAAUAGCAGAAUACCUUUCAAAAGACCUUCCAUACAAGUUGUCGCCAGAUGACGUGUUCGUGACAGUUGGUUGCACUCAAGCACUAGAGACCAUUACAACUGUCCUUGCAUGCCCGCGUGCUAACAUUUUGCUUCCAAAGCCUGGCUUUCCUUACUAUGAAGCUAGAGCCAGUUUUUCUCAACUUGAAGCCAGGCACUUUAAUCUUCUUCCGGAAAAAAAUUGGGAAGUUGAUUUAGAUGGAGUUGAAGCUUUAGCAGAUGAGAAUACAGUUGCCAUGGUAAUUAUCAAUCCUGGGAAUCCAUGUGGGAAUGUGUGCAGUUACAAUCACUUAAAGAAGAUUGCAGAGAUAGCGAGAAAGCUCGGAAUUUUUGUGAUUUCUGAUGAAGUCUAUAAUUAUUUGUCCUUUGGAAGUAGCCCAUUUGUUCCUAUGGGAGUAUUUGGAUCAAUUGUUCCAGUUGUGACCAUUGGAUCAAUAUCCAAGAGAUGGGUUGUGCCUGGUUGGAGACUUGGCUGGCUUGUCAUGAAUGAUCCACAUGGAAUCCUUAUGAAGCAAGGGAUUGCGGAUAGCAUCAAGGGCUAUUUGAAUAUUACCUCUGACCCGGCUACAUUUAUUCAGGGGGCAAUCCCACACAUCCUUGAGAAUACCCCGAGUGAGUAUCAUCUGAAAAUAAUUAAUGUACUAAGAGAAUGCGCAGAUAUAUGCUACAACCAGAUCAAAGAAAUCCCCUGCAUAACUUGCCCCAGCAAACCCGAGGGAUCUAUGUUUGUUAUGAUAAAGCUUAACCUGCCCCUCUUAGAAGAUAUUAAGGAUGAUAUGGACUUUUGCUGCAAGCUAGCCAAGGAGGAAUCUGUGUUAGUUCUCCCAGGGAUUGCUGUAGGGUUAAAGAAUUGGGUCCGAGUGACAUUUGCCAGCGAGCCAUCAUCCCUCGAUGAUGGCCUAGAAAGAAUGAAAGCUUUCUGUACAAUAGCCCAAGUUUUGUGGUGGCUAUCUUGGAACUUAACUGUUUCAUCCCUGCAUUCUGCAUUAAAACAUUACAACUCUGCUUCAUUUCAUGUUUAUGGUUUUAGAUACUUGAAAAGACAGUUGCAAAUAAUGGGGAGGGGCUCGACGAAACACGUGUAUCUCCUCCACCGAUGUGCUUGUAUGUGUGUGUUGUAUUGUCUGUAUAUAAUCUUGGCUGGUUGA